ACCAGCUUCAUCAAAGUGAGCAUAUUAAAUUACAUUAGACUUGAUUAAAUUGAGUAGCCUUGAAAACAUUGUAUGCUUAAUAACAAAAUACUUUAAGUAAUUCUUGUUAGAAGGGUUGUUAUAUAAACUUGUGAUUUUCAGGCUUUCAUUGAGUUCUGUAAACCUAAAAAAAAUCACUCUGUGAAUGUAUUAUAAAACACAAUUUUAAGUUGUUGAAAUGUUGACCCUUUUAAUUAGAAAUUAACUUACAUAAAUACAAAUAAAAUGAUAAUUUAUUUGGGCCAAAAAAAGUAGUAUUAACAAUCGUUUUUUAUAGUUCUGUGCCAUCAUCAUGUAAUCCACAGAUGUGCUAUGGUUUUGAAUAUUUAUGGCACAUUCAGUAUGAAGACAUGAAAGGUGAACCAGCUUGGCAACUGCCAGUAAAGCCUUCAGGGGACCCAAUCAGUGAAGUCACAGCAGUCACAGGUGGCAGGCCCUGUUUUACAAGGCGCAGCUCUCGCCUCCACCCUCACCCACACAUACAGAGACAGACCUAGGGAAUUCACACGCAGGGAUUUCCCAGGUCUCUUGCUGCAGUGGUGCAUUAUCCUUUGAUGGCAUUUUUUAAGCAAGACAGCCAGGAGGACUCACGAGAAUGUCCCGUGUGCUAUGAGUUUCUGUCUGGCACGGAGAGGACUCUGAGCUGCGGACAUGUCUUCUGCCACGACUGUCUGGUCAAAACGUUGGUCAGCAUCAACAGCGAUGGAAAAACUAUCAGGGACACUAUUGUUUGCCCCAUCUGCCGACACCUUACAUUCAUCAAGAAACAAGGUGAAACAGGUGAGGGUCAGACCCUGGAGGUGCCUAUCCCCGCGCCACCGGGAGAACUCCAGAGCGCACGGCGCGCCUCCACGGACAGUUUCCCGGGAUCAGUGAACUGGAUGUCCCGCUGCUUCAGGGGGAUGUCUGAACGAAUCCGUCGACAGAGGUUGAUCAGCCCCAGCCAUACUGCAUCUCAGAUCUUUAUCAUUAGCGCUCAGGGGCGACCCAUGGCGGAAGACGAUGUGCUCAGUGUUGUGAUGACUGUGGUUCAACCUCAGCGUAGGCGAAGGCGCAGGGUUUGCACAACUGCACGAUGCCUGUUAGUUUUGCUCUCAGCAUUUACUAUAUUAGCACUGGUGGCUGCAACUUUACCCUGGAUUUUGUUGGCAUAGUCCAAUGAUACGGAUGUGUGGAUUAUGAAGUGCCAAAAGGGGAUGAUGAACUGACAUUUAUAGUAAACAUACUCUCAUCAUGGAAUGAAGUUUAUACUAUGCAAUGCAAUGAAGUGUGUGAAGCAAUGUAUUUGUCUUACUGAUAAAAAUGCAUUCUAGUAAACUGAAAAUGUACAAUUUAGUCAAUAGUUUGCAGCAUGGUUUUAAGAUGUGAUUAUAUUGUGAUUUUUCUUUCCUGAUAUGAAGGAAAGGUUGCAGAGUUUACAUGCAUACCGUGUCUUUUAUGUGCAUUACCAAGCAACAGACUAAAGUAAAGGUUAAAGCCUUGACAUCAUUUGUUUUGCAUUCCUGUCUGUGACAUGUUCUACCUGUUUAAUAGAGAAGCAAACAUGCAGGACAUUGCAACAAUUUCAAUGCACAUCCAUAUGUUCUGAGAGAACAUUUUGAAAUUAUGAUUUCAACCAUCAAAAAAAGGUUG